UCGAUCUCUUCUUCCAUGGGGGGGUCAUUUGUUGGCUAUUUAUUUAUCGUGUUGUUGAUUGGUUCCGGUGGAACAGCGGGCGCGGUGGACAAGCCAGAUAUCGUGCUGAUGGAUUUUCUCGCAAAACCCUUUGUACCCUCUGACGGUGCGUCCGAGCAGUGCCUCAGGGACAGCGCCAUGUAUUUGAGGGAGCUUGACCGGUACGCGCCGUGGGCUCUGCAGAUGUACGACGCGUCCGUGAAAAUUCCAGCGGGCGUAAUCACGGGCAAUUACCAGCAGCUAGGCAAUUACGACGAGUGUCUCCAAGUGAGAAGCGCGCACGGAUUCACCGGGAAAGCCUGCAGUGCCAAGGUGAAUUUCGAAAUCGCUAAGGACAACGGCAAGCCACGCCAGCCCGAUAUGGGUGAUCUGCUUCUCAACGUCGCCAUCGCAUCGGGUUACACGAAAUGGAAGGGACGUUCGGUAAACUACGAGUGGAUGUGGUGCGUACCGUCUACUUGCAACCACACGGAAAUCCAGGAGGCGGUGGAGCUUGGCCUCGACCCUCUGAAGGUGGAGGAUCGCGUGGACAUGGUGGUGAACGUGUCGUGUCGCACCGCAGAAACGGAUCGGCCUGUCUUCGACGUAACCGACUGGAUCUACAUAUCGAUCCUCGCGAUAUUCGUGGUGAUCAUAAUUGCCAGCACAAGUUACGACAUCGCUAAACAAGGCCAUCUGAGUACGUUGAACCGAAAAGACAGGAGACACGGGCUUUUAACUUCGUUCUCCGUCUACACGAAUGGAAAGAAUUUGCUAAGAACCGACAGGCACAGAGAUUCUAUUAGGUGUCUCGAUGGGUUACGUUAUAUCAGCAUUUGUUGGAUCAUUUAUGGUCACACUCAUUAUACCGAAGUGGUUGGCGUUAAAAUGAACCUCAGUGACAUUACACAGAUGCACGAGAACUGGGCAAACAUGCUGGUAUUGAACGCAAACAUCAUCACCGACAUCUUCUUCCUCAUAAGCGGUGUACUAAUGGCGUACACGGCGCUAAUAAAGAACGAGAAAGAUUCACGAGGUCGUUUCGACGUGAUCGGUCUUUACCUUCAUCGAUACCUGAGACUUACACCAGCCUACGCCAUGAUGAUCGGUUUCUAUGCGACGUUGUUCUACAAAGUUGGAUCGGGUCCGCACUGGGACCAAUGGGUUGGCGCUAACAGAGACUACUGUCAGGAAAACUGGUGGACCAAUCUUCUGUACGUGAACAAUUACGUUCAUCUGCCGAGAAUUUGCAUGUCUCAGUCUUGGUAUCUGGCGACCGAUAUGCAACUGGUCUGGCUGUCGCCCAUUUUCUUGUAUCCUAUGCUCAAGUUAACGCGAGAAAUGUUCUUCUGGCUCGUUUUCGCGUUAGGCCUAUUUGCCUCAGUUCUAAUACCAUUCCUAAUAACAUUCAAUAUGAAGCUCAGUGGAACUAUGCUCUAUUACAAGGAUAACACAGACGUGGCGAAUGUUUACAUAGAAAUUUACACUAAGGUUUACAGCAGAUACGGGUCCUACAUUAUCGGCAUGGCUCUGGGCUACCUUUUGUACAAGAGUCGAUCGAGGGUUCUUAAAAUUCGUCCUAUGUACGUGAUAUUUGGUUGGCUGGUAGCUGUAGUUUCCGGUUUUUUCAUAUUCAUCUGUCCUCGAUGGAUGUAUUUCGACGACCGCGCCUACGAUAGACUAGAAGCGAGCUUUUACGCAGGUCUUCAUAGGCAAAUAUUUGCCCUUUCCAUUUCUUGGAUCAUCUUCUGCUGCGCUCGUGGUUACGGUGGUUUCGUGAGUCAAUUCCUUUCAUGGAAGGGCUGGGUUCCCUUCAGCAAGCUAACCUAUAGCGCUUACCUCUGCCAUUACGUGUUUCUGUUAACAGAGGUUGGAUCUGUUCGAACUACCGGCAUACUUUCUGCUAUGGCGGUUCUGCGCAGCUUUUUCAGCAACCUCUGCCUCACGCUCAUCCUCUCCGCGCUCUGGACCAUCUGCUUCGAAAUGCCCUUCAUGACCCUCGAUCGUACCCUGCUUUCUCAUCGUCGAACCUCUUCGAAACUUUCCUCGAAACCUAACCAAGGCAAAAUAUACGGUUCCACAGACUCCAGCAAAGAGAUCUACCGUUCCACCGAAGAAUCAUCCGCGACAAUCUCCCAAAGCUGCGAGGAUGCUUUCCGUCAGAAACCCAGGAAAGACAACAUAUACGAUUCUCAAGAGAAGUACCAACAAGGAGUCUAUCGCUCUUCUGUCAGGCAAGACCUUAAAUCACAAGACACAGAGGACAGGUGCCCCUUUAUAUUCGUGAUAGGUUCGGAUGGUAAUUCCUGGUCGAAAACGAGAAACGUUCAUCAGAACAAUGGUUUCAACGACGAUUCUGACGAGUCGUUCAAGUCAAUUGCAGAACACAGAAACGAUAGAGGUUACGAGUCCAUUAUGAGCGAAGAUACAACGAGGAAGGACGGAAUCAGGGAAUCUGAACAGGUUAAUGCAAGUUGAUGGGAGGUUUGGAGGACGAAUGAUAAAACAGCUUGCUGGUCAAGCACUUUGCAGGAUAUU